UGUGGAUGACAGAUGUGGGAAGCCUAUUGAAAAUGGCUGACCGAGAUCGAUAAAAGUUGUACCUUGUUUUUAGUAAAUGUUAAAGAUAAUUUCUGCAAAAUAAUAAUUACACGUUGUGUAAAUAUUUAGUGAAGAUAGUUGAAAAUUGUUCUAAGUUAAGAAUGUGUUUUUCCUUGCAUUAUUUUUAGUGAAAAAGUGAAUAUAAACUCUAUAUUAUGUAGUAAUUGUUUCAUAAAGAUUACUGACUCCUUAGCAGGCGUUUAGGAAUGGCUACUACUCAAGGCGAAAUCAGGGUGGGUCCUGGAAACCAGGUAAAAGAUAUUUAUGCUCUCCUACCAGAAUACCGACCGGGUGUUCCACCUGAACAACUUUCUCCGGACCCAGAACAAACCAGAGUUCGGGAAGAGCAGCGAUGGGUGCCCGCCAUGACUCUCGAUGCUGAUCUGCUCAUGUACUUACGAGCUGCUAGGUCCAUGGCUGCAUUUGCUGGCAUGUGUGAUGGAGGCUGCCCUGAAGAUGGAGCCAAUGCUGCGUCGAGAGAUGAUACUACUAUUAAUGCUUUGGAUGUGCUGCACGAUUCUGGAUAUGAUCCAGGUAAAGCGUUGCAGGCUCUGGUAAAAUGUCCAGUACCUAAAGGUAUCGACAAAAAAUGGAGUGAAGAAGAAACGAAACGAUUCGUUAAGGGUCUUCGACAAUUUGGCAAAAACUUUUUUAGGAUAAGAAAAGAUCUUUUACCUCAUAGAGAUACGCCGGAACUGGUGGAAUUCUACUAUUUGUGGAAGAAAACUCCCGGUGCAAAUAAUAACCGGCCUCACCGGCGGCGUAGACAAGGGUCUUUGAGAAGGAUCAGGAACACACGUAACAGUAGAGGAGGUAAUACAUCAUCUAAUUCAGGACGAAACGUUGCUCCAGAGGCAGAAAACAAUAGACCUUCACCUCAACCUGGAAAAGAACCUGGUGAAACCAGUUCUGUAACGGAAGAUGAUAAUGAUAGCGAAGAUGAUAGCGACAGUCGGGACGCACAGUAUCGAUGUUCGCAUUGCUUUACAACAAAUUCCAAAGAUUGGCAGCCUGGAGGCAAAGAUCGGCAACUUCUGUGUUACGACUGUAGGGCUCACUACAAAAAGACAAAUGAAUUACCUCCAGUCACAGCUCCAGCAGCUGGAGGAAAUAAUCCGUCAGCAGAAAGCCCAGAUGCAAGUCCGCAACGUAUGCGCACAAGAAAUAAAGCAAAAGAGCAAACUAGUAAUCGUGCUAGGCCAAAAAGAGGUGGCACUGAAACACCAGAACCUAAAACACCUAUUAAAAACAAUCCUAACUCGGAAAAAACAACUCCCACUCAACCCGGUACUCCAGGUAAAAAGAAAAAGUCUGAUAAGCCUGAAACGCCAAAUAAGAAUAAAGAUAUUAGAAAGAGAACUCAAGAUGGUAAAUCAGAAGACAAUGAAAUGGAUGAAAGGGAACUUGGUUUGCUGAAAAAGAAACGAGACAGAGCUGAAAGUCCUUGUAGUCUUACAACGGAUUCAGAAACUGUCAAUGAUGAUGUGGAGAAUCCGGAUAAUGAAACUGAAAAUGUGGAGGUGACAACACCAGAUACUCCUAUGAGUGCUGUAGUCAAUGUACCUGUGUCUUCUGUGGCAACAUCCACGCCAUCUUCUAUCACUCCUACCUUAUCUCAGGAGCAACUCAGCAAAGGGCCCAUUAAGCAGGACAUUACCGAGCCACCAGAUAUAAAACACCUAAUUCCAUCGCCAUCUGUUACGCCAACAAACCCUGUUAACCCACCUAAAAGCAUUUUAUCCGAACCAAUGCCUCUUAAUGUUUCCAUACGUCUACCUGAUGAUAUGAAUGAACGUAAAAAUCUUAUAAAGAGAAACCUAGAUACAUCUCUUGAUACCAAGGAAGUCAAAUUUAAUAUAGAAAAUUCAAGCUUUAAUCAAGAAGCAGUAAGAUUCAACCCAGAAGCAAUGAAAUUUGCCCAACAAACUGAAUAUCAAAGUGAACCGAUAAUAAAGCCUGACAUUCCAAUUAAAGUUGAAGGUGAAAUGAAUGAGGACCAACUCAAAGAUCAAAUUCCCCAACAAAUAUCAAUAAUGCAAGAGAAACCGUUUAAAACAGAAUUAAUUAUUCCCAAAAUACAUCCACUAAAAGAAGAAGAUUCUUCGAACAGCGAAUCUAUUCCAAAAGAAGAGUCUUCUUAUAAAGAUAAUAUAUUCAUGCCCCAGAACCUUAUAAAAGAACCAAUCACCUUUGGUAUGAAAGAUCCACCUUUGAUGAAUCACUUAACACCAAAAAUAAUGAAAGACCCAAUGCAAGAAAAACAUAAAGAACAAAUGAUUGAUAUGAGCCCAAUAAAUCAUUACACUGAAAUUAAACAAGAACCUUUUAGUUACCAACCACCCAAAGAUCCUAACGCUACCACUGCCGUUACUAUUAACAGUAUUAAUAAUACUGUUAUAAAAUUAGAACCAAGGGAACCACGUGAAGAACCCAUGGAACUGACUAGUCAAAGUAGAAAUGAACAACAGCCUUAUGGUGCACAUCCUCAACCUUUGAACAUUCCUCAAGUUAUACCAAUGUCUCAGAAUCUUCCCCCAAGUAAUCACUAUGAAGAAGAAAAGAGACUGGAAAAACUAGAAAGGCCCGAACGCGUAGAUAGGCCUGAAAGAAUCGAUAGACCAGAAAGACCAGACAUAGUCCAAAUUAAUUCUGCACCUAUUGGUCAACCUCCUCUUCCAAGUCUAAUGCAAUCUGGAAACUUGGUUACGAUAGGUGGAUCUCAGCCACCACAGAUGAACCAUUAUAGUUUUAUGACCGGACUGCCAUUUUCACAUCCCCAAAGUCCACGUAAUUUAGAAAAGAAUCAGCCUCAACACCAGCAAAAUGAACCUCAAAACUUAAAAAUCAAACAAGAAAUUCCAGAGUUACCACAAAGUCAAAGUUCAUCUAUGCCACCAAAUCAUUUAAGCGGUUUGAGCAGUUUCACACAGUCUGCUCUAAAUCCUGGGCCUCCUGUUCAGCCUCCACAAAGUUUGGCAUUACCUCCUAGCUCACAGAAUAUACCUACCAGUAUACCAACUUCUGGAGGUUUCGUAGCUCCUCCAACCCACCUACCUUCGCCUAUGAGUGAUCCUCUUCAAAGUCUGAAAGAUGUGAAGAUACCUGGUUACAUUCCACCUCCACAACACAAUCAGCCCGCUCAAUCAACAAGUAGUGAGAGGAGUGAACGUCCUCCUUCAGGUCCAACUGUGGAAAAUAUUAAGAAAGAACCAGAGUAUAUUAGAUCGUCCAGUACUGGACCUAGUCCUAAGCCUCUAUCAGAAAAGUGUUCAACCCCAAAAAGUAGUAGCAAUACUAACACACCUACUCCAGGAGCUCAGCAAACACCACCUCCUAUUCGUCAACAUGGUACAAAUUCUCCCCAUUCUGCAAUGAACUUAAUAAGUCCAAGUUCAGCUCCACCCACUUCUUUAGCUCAACCCCAUCCAACCCAACCGCACGGUCCUUCUUAUGGUACAAUGCCUCCACAUCAUCCACACUUGGUCCAUCCUUCGUUUCUACAGAUGCCUUUUCACGGGCCUCAUCCAUAUUCUGGUUAUCCAUUCCCUUAUCCUUACUCUUACCCUGUCGUACCUCAACCACAUGCUGUUCCCCCUCCUACCAGUCGGCACGACAUGAGUGUUGCUCCAAAAUCGAUUGAUACCGUAAGCGCUACAUUGAUGUCGUCUCAGCAUAGUACAAGCAGUACGCUAACUUCUAAAAGAGAAACUAGGGAAUCUGAUGAGAAUGGUGGGGAAAGGCACCAAACUCAUGAAAUGACAUUAACAAACCAUCAGAGUACUUCACACAAUAGCUCAGUACACGCUACUGUUGACAAGCACAAUUAUGGUAGUAGUCAUAGCAUUACGAUAUCACACAGUACUUCCACUAGUUCAAGUCAAAGUGUUCAGCACAAAGUCAAUCAAAAAACAGUUAGGAGUAGUUCGCCACAUACGCCGGUGUCACAAACUACUUCAAGCGCCAGUUUAAACCAUACGUCUUCAAGUUCAACCAGUAGUCACCAGCACACCCAUCACCAUACUCAUACUCACCACGAUCGGCUAUCUCCUGGUACACAACUUCUACGACAUAGUAUACAUAAACCACCCACUCCUCAAGGUGCUAAUGCUCAUCAUUUGAUGAUUCAACCUCCAAACAUGGGUCACCAUCCUUCUUCACUUGAAGCUUUAAGGGCACAUGCAGCUCAAGCAGCGGCCAAUAUGCACCCACCGUCUUCCCCAAUGAACCCUCCACCAAAACUUGUAUCUGAUGAAGUUAUCAAGGUAGAACCAGAUCCUGAACCUUCUCCAGAAGAGGAAGGACAAAGUAGUCCCAUAGAACCUCCUAGGGGGCCUUCACCAGAACCUAGGAUUGAAGACACUGAAUGUCACAGAAGUCAAAGUGCAAUAUUUUUGCGUCACUGGAAUCGCGGGGACUAUAAUUCUUGUACAAGAACUGAUCUCACUUUUAAACCAGUGCCAAAUUCAACACUUGCUAGAAAGCGAGAAGAACGACUUAGAAAACAAGCUGAUAGAGAAAGAGAGGAAAGAGAAAGAGCACAGCAAGCACAACAAAGAAAAAAUGCUACCCCCGAAAAACCAGAAAUCAAACCACCAUCUAGGGGGCCUUUAGAAACAGUUAGUUCGCCUUAUGAACGAUUCCCUAGACCUGGAUUUAACGACACACCUGCUUUAAGGCAGCUGUCUGAAUAUGCCAGGCCUCAUGCUGGUUUUAGUCCUGGCCACAUGCCAAGAUCGCUCAUACCUCCUUCUCAUGUUAUGGACCCAAUGUUACAGUACCAACUAAACAGUAUGUACGGACCGGGAGCUAGAGAGAGGUUGGAGUUAGAGCAUCUAGAAAGGGAGAAGCGAGAAAGGGAAAUUAGGGAACUCAGGGAAAGAGAGUUAAAUGACAGAAUAAAGGAAGAGAUAAUGAAAGGGGGAAUGAGGGGACCUGCAAAUCCUAUGGAUCCACACUGGUUGGAAAUACAGAGGAGAUAUGCAGCUGCAGGCUUAGCUGGACCAGGAGGACCAGCAGGUCUUCCCCUUCACCAUUUCGCCUUAUAUCCGGGAGGAAGUAGUGCACCUUUAUCCCAAAUGGAACGGGAGCGUCUGGAAAGGCUUGGUAUACCUCCUCCACCUGCACCUGGUGCUCCUGGUGGGCCUCCCCCAGGUCACCCUCAUCACCCUGCUCAUCAAGCACAGUUGGAAGCUGCUGAACGCUUGGCUUUGGCUACCGAUCCUAUGGUGCGUCUGCAGAUGGCAGGUAUAUCACCAGAGUACCAUGCACAUACGCACGCUCACACGCAUGCUCAUACACACCUUCAUCUGCAUCCUCAACAGCAACAGGCUCAGCAAGAGGCAGCUGCUGCUGCGGCAGGUUUUCCGUUACCAGCUUCUGGGGCUCCAGGUUAUCCACGUCCUGGAUUGAUUCCAAGCAGAGAGGGGCCAUUGGGUCUUCAUCAUCCUGACUUGUUGGGCAGACCAUACGCUGAUCAACUUGCGCAUCAAGCAGCCGCCCAUGAACAGUUACAGCGACAGAUGCUGCUAGAAAGGGAUAGGUUCCCUCCUCAUCCUUCGAUAGUAGCUCAACACGAAGAGUACCUAAGGCAACAAAGAGAACGCGAACUUAAAGUAAGAGCUCUGGAAGAGGCUGCUAGAGGAUCCCGACAGUAAAAGCAGGAAACCUCAUCUUCGGAACGUGUUCAGUAAUGUAAAAUCAAAUUUUUCAGAAGAAUAUAUCAUGUAAAAUAAAUCUGAAUCUUAAUUAUUCUUAUAGAUUUUAAAUUAUAGAGUUUAAAAUAGUAAAAAUAUAUACAAAAUAUUUUCUAAGAGCAAAUUUAAGUAUAAAUACGAUUUUAAUUUUUUUUAUAUAUAUUUUGCAUAAAAUAGACACAAUUUUUCAAAUAUAGUGUUCGAGUUAUAAAAAAAAAUUAAAAAAUACAUGUCUUAGUCAUACGCAAGGUAUUUCAAAUAUCUAAAUAUUAAUUGAGAGACCAUAGAGCAGAACACAAAAAGUUGCUUUAGUACACAAGUGAUAAUUUGUUGACGUGUAAAUAUGAACACGAAUUGAGAAGGUCAAACCGAAAGGAAUUCGACUUGUGGUCAAAUCCUCAUACUUGAAAAAUAUUUUUAUUUUUGAAGUAUGUAGGUCUAAUUUUUAUUAUUUUUUAUUGAAAAUAAAAAAUACAUAUUGGGACAAUCAUAUCGGAAAUAUUAAUACAAAUUUAAAAAUUAGAAGAAAUUAUAGGAAGGUAGAAAAGGCCAGGACGACAUUUACAAAGCAGCAGUUGGAUACUGCUGCUGAAGAUCGAAAGAAAGAUCUCCCAACACGAUAUUCAAACCAAAUGAAGACUAUGGUGGGAAAAAUUCCUACAUGAAGCCGUUGAUCUGGCACCUGAUUGAGGCCAAGAAGACGGCAAUUUAUUAAUAUUUAGAGUUGUCACCACGUCCUGGCAAGGCUUCAAGUAAUGCGUAGGAUGAAGGUCGGUACAUCUAAUCCAACCUUUCAUCUAGGGACCAGCAUAAUUUAUAAUACGCUGGAAUCCAUUCUGAUGCCCGUGGACAUCGUGAGUAGUACCGCAUUUUACAUUCUUAUGAAUAUUUUCACCAACACCCUUCUUCUUAUGGUGCCUAUCCGUUACGGAUGUUGGACACCAACAUGGCUAUUCUUGUGCUGUUGAAUUUGUUGACUGCUGCCCUGAAAAGUCCGGUAGUGGUUUAAGUUAAACCAUUUUCGCAGGUUAUGCAGCCAGGAUAUUCUUCUUCGUCCUGGACCUCUUUUCCCAUGCACUUUACCUUGAAGUAUGGUCCGAAGUAGGUCAUAUCGUUAUUCAUUGCGCAUUAUAUGGCCCAGGUAUUCCAGUUUGCGACGUUUUAUGGUUACGACUAGUUCGCGCUCUUUACUCAUUCUAUGUAGUACUUCUUCGUUGGUAACUCUGUCUGUCCAGGAAAUCCUCAACAUGCGUCUAUAGCACCACAUCUCAAAUGCUUCGAGUCUCUUCAGUGAUGCUUCAAUUAAGGUCCAUGACUCCACGCCCUAUAAAAGAACGGAAAAUACGUAGCAUUUUAGUAAACGAACUUUUAUUUCCAAUUUUUUAAAUUUUAUGUCGUGGCUGUUAAAGAUUUUUUUCAUUUUGACGAAAGCUGAUCUUGCCUUCUCGAUCCUUAUCUUAAUUUCCGCCGAUUAGUCCCACUGUUCAUUUAAGUUUGCACCCAGAUAAUAAAAGUUGUUGAUUUGUGUUAUCGGUUGUUGGUUAACUAGUAAUUGACCAGGUGGUAUCCUAUUUUUGCUUAUAACCAUAUAUUUGGAUUUUUUUAUGUUAAAAUCCAGCCCAAACCUGCUACUUACUUGUGCCACCCUGGAGACAAGUGUCUGCAGGAUGGCACAAAGUUUUUCUAUCGUUCUCCGUUCAUAAGUAUUCCCUCGUCUAAGGCCGUUAGCGCUAGGUUCAUAAUGUGCUCUGAAUAUGUAUUGAACAAUAAUGCGGACAAUCUACAUCCCUGUCGCACACCUCUUUUUAUCUUUAUGUCAACUGAUCCCCAACACUAACAGCUGCAGUUUGUUCGUAAUAGAUAUUAUUUAUUAUACGGCAAAGUUUUCAGGAGAUGGCUCAUAAGGCUUAUUAUUCGAUAAUCUUCUCAUUUUUUGGCAUUGGGUUUUUUAGGGAUUGUUAUAAAAGUUUAUCUUGGCCACUGUUGGAGUAUUUUUCCACUUUGUAUUGUUGAAGAUCAAGGUAAGUCUUUUUACUUCGUCUUUAUCCAUAAUUUUCACAAGUCCUGCGGCUUUUCCCUCCUUAAUCUUGUUUAUAGCAGCUUCUACUUCCGCUUCGAGAAUAGGUGGUCCGGUACCAAUACCCAGCUGUUUGAUAUUCUGUAGGUGGCUCUUCCGAAGGAUACUUUUUAUUUUCCAUUGCUUUUUGAAUUAUAACUGACGGGAUUUAUAGUUACCCAUUAUAUUUAACUUGAAGAUUACUAUUUUUAAGUACGGCCACAUGUUAAAGCGAUGUUUGCGAUUUAGUUUAUUAACCAGUAUGAGACUGGAUAAGUAUAUUAAGUGCCAAUAGUUUGUCUGUGAGCACGGUACUUUUCCAGUGUAGUUUGUAGUUUUCAUUUUGUAUCAUACUAUCAGGUACCUUCAUAAUUAGAUUGCUUGAUAAGUUCCAGAGUUAGGUCUUGAUAGACUAUCUUUUCCAUUGAAUCAUGUCUUUAUAUUCAAGUGCAGCAAAUGCCUGACAGUUGGCAGCCAUGUGAUAAGAAAUUGGAUGAUUUCUUGGGCUCCUUGUCACAAUUAUCGCCAUGUUUCAGGUAGUAGAAUUACCUAAUCCUGAGUGAAAUCCCCCAUUUUGGAAAACCUCAUUUUUAAUAGAAGCCAAUAGUUGGACGCGAUUCGUGAGAUAAAUAUGUCUGUCCAUAUGCGUGUUUUUCUCUUCAAGUCGAUUUUAUUCUACUUCAUUAAUAAUAGGUCUUUGUGCUUUAAACAAAUUUUUACUCUUUAAGAUGUGUACCCACAUUUUAUCCUUCAUAUUUAUGGACUCGGUUGUGGGUUCUGUUCUCAUUUACUGAUCAUAAAUUCUUCGCAAUUGCUUUAUUUUCGUCAGUGGUUUCAUUGUUUUUGUCAUUUUGCUUAUGCAAUCGUUCCGGCUGAUCCCUUCAUAGGCAAAAUUGUUGAAGCUAUGCUGUAAAUUUAAAAAAUAGAACGUUCGCGUCCAUUUCUGGACAUAGGUAACCACUUUUCUUUUGUCAAUAUCAACCUAUCUGUUUAGCAUUGGUUCCUGUGUUGCUGUCCUUCCAUUUCGUAAUCUGUUCUAUGAUUUUAUUAUGGCAUUUUUAUUUGCAAAAUGUUGAAAAAGCUGUCAUCUUUAGUAACUGCAAAAAAGAAAUUUGAAAUUUUAAUAUUUGAAAAACCUUGUGUAUCGUAAGAAGUUACGUUCGAGUUUUAAAUUAUUGUACAGUCUUCCUUAUAAAUGAAUAUUUUUGUACAUAGUUUGUAUUUAAAGUUUUUAAAAUUGUACAGGCUUUUUUUAGAUUUUAGUAUAUGUUCGGGUUUAGUGCUGUAGAACAUUGUGUUCCUUUUAAGAUUAUCUGACCAAUAAAAAAUUUAUAUAAAUGUUUUUUACGCACGAGGCAACACCAGGCAAGGUUAAACAUCUCCAUUGGUAUAUUAAAAUAAAAAACAAAAUUAGAUUGCCUAGUACAUGCGAAAAAGGAAUGUGAUUGCAGAAUGUCUUGUUUGUCAGCUAACAAUAUUAGAUUACGUCACAAUCUCCUUAAAAAGAUGGGGAAUUGGAGAAAAGAUUAUUAAUGUAAACAUUGAUAAUUCGACAUAAGUUUGAUAUCUUUGUGUCAUCCUCAAAAACCUCACAUCCAUCCAAUCGUUAAUAAGUCAUAUCGUCACAUAAAAGUUGGUUAGAUGCUUACUUAGAACUAGUUGUCUAAUGUUUUAGACAAGUCAGUUGCUGUUAACAUCGACAACAGCACCACGGUAAUGUACAAAGGAGCCCAUACAUCAGUAGGUACUUGUCCAAUAGGUUCAGGCUUUUUUAAAAUUAUAUGUUCUUAAUUUUGAAAGCAUAUGUUUGAGGUAAGUUAAGAUUUGACAAGAAACAAGCGUACAUCUGUGGAAAUAUAUUGUAUCUUGAUGCGUGUAAUCCAUAACAGUUUACACUUCUUUUAUAAUAUUUUUGCUAAUUAUUUUGUCGUCACAUUAUUUAAAAAUCACACACACCUAUUAUUCUUCCAGGAUUUAUUAACAAAAAUGUAUAUAACUUCUAUUGAUGGUUAUAACGCUGUAUUGUAACAUGGACCUCAAUACAGUUAGUCUAUAUAGAUCUUUCAAUUAUAAAUGUUUCCUUAAGUUGCGGUGCCUUGCAAGGAUAUUUGCAACCAAUCGUGCUGCAAAUAUUCUCCCAUAUUGUCGUUUUCUUAUUGAUAAUUCUUGUUCCGUUUAAGUAUUUACUUCCCUGAAAUAUUUUUCCCAAAUCAAAAAACAUUUACACAAAUUGUCUAAAACAGUAUCUGCCAGCUAGCAAUCUUAAACUGCGGUUUUCCUGCAGAUCUCCCCUUACAAUAUCUUUUCAUGUCACAUUUAGUAUUUUCUGUAUAGUAGCAUUUGGUAACGAUAUUUCUUGAUAUUUGUGAUAAAAAACAUAAUAGCUUGUUGAUCUACACAGUUCGUAGGCUCCACAAUUCGUUUUCAACUUUCAAUUACAUUUUGGAUAUAGCAAAUUCGUUUUUAUAUCGUUUCAAAAGAGCCGAAUUUCCAACAGUGGUCAUCACGGACUCAUGUGUCCGUGAUGACCAUAAUAUCUGAUAAUGACUCGUUUAAUAAAAAUUUCGUUCUUCAAUAACUAAUGGACAACCUAAGUCUGACGUCACAAUGAGCGGGGGUAUUAAAAACUUUUCCAAACAUUUAUUUCCACAAAAUUUUUAUGUAUUUCUCCCAUAAGAAGUUGGAAAUAUUGGUUUUUUUAAUUGUUUGAAGAAUAAAUAAGGACUUUUGGUUAUGCACAUUCAUUCUGUGCCAGUGGUAUUAUUUGUUGUUAGUGAAUUUGUGAGGUAAGAAUAUCAAAGUAGUAAAAUAUUUAUUAUGAAUGUUCAUAUUUUAAGGUUAUAUUAUUUUGUUGUAGUUUUUAUCGGGGUUAUUUCGAAAUAAAGCAUUGAAUCUAUUUACGUAGUUAGAAAAUAUUUAUAUUAAUGUUUCUUUUAAUCCUUUUUUUUUUUUUGUUCCAGUGAUUUUAUCCUGUAAAAGAUUAAAUAUCUUCGUUUUCUCGUAGUUUAAGUUGUAAUAUAACAUUAUGUGGAAACGUUUCUAUCAAAUUGCCAUAAUGAGUGUAUAAAAAAAUAUUUUUUGAAUGGUGUAAUAAAUUUUGAAUUAUGUUUUUAGAUCUGGGCAUAUAGUCGCUAGCUUCAACAUAUGUUGAAGAUAUUCAGUAUUACUGAAUUUUUCAGUAAUGGCAACAAAACUGCUAUUAACUAUUUAAGCUACUAGAAAACGAACAUAUUUAGUCUUUUAGGGGAUUCAAUCACUAGUAAUAAAAAAAGAACAAAACAUUAAUUCAAAAAUUGUUUAACUUAGUAAAUCAAUUUAAUAAUUUAUUGAUUAAUUUUGAAAUAAUUCCGAUAAAAACAACAAAAUACGUUGAAAUACAGUAAAAAAGAAUUACAGUUUUAAUCAAACAAUAACAUAACCUAAAAUAUGAAUAUUCAUGGUAAAUAUCUUGAUACUUUGAUAUUCGUACCUCACAAAUUCACGAACAACAAAUAAUACCAACCACACAUAAUGAAUAUUCGUAACCAAAAGUCCUUAUUUAUUCUUCAAACAAUUAAAAUAAAAAAUAUUUCUAACUUCUUAUGGGACAAAUACACACGAAUUAGAAAUGUUUGGAAAGGUUUUUAAAUACCCUGCCAAUUGUGACGUUAGAGCUUAGGUAUUCCAUUUUUACAAAUAAACUCCCUAGUUUUUCUUUCACUCCCAUGAAAAGUGGCGCGACUAUAUUUAACAGUUCAAAAGUAUUCUGCUUUCAGUGAUUUUACGUUUUACUUCAAUAUACUGUAUUUAUUGUUAAUUUGUUGCGUUGAAACCUAUUCCUUCAUUUUCAGUCUAUCUUAUUCUAAUAAUUGAUGAUAAAUUGCUGAAAUAUGAUGAAAAAACUUUCCAUGCUAUUAACUUUUUGAAACAGUUCAUAUUUAGUCACAACAGUCAUAAUGUUUAAUGUUGCCUUCGUUAUUGUGUGUGUAAAAAACAUUCAUCUAUAAAUUAUUUAAUAUUUUCUUGAAAGAGAACCA